UUGAUCUGUCGUUUGGUAUUACUCUUUUCUUCGAGGUUCAAACUUCCUUGUCCAAGUCUCUCCCUCUCUCUCUCUCUCUCUCUCUCUCUCUCACUCAAAAUGCCCAACCACCAGAACCUCCAGGCCCUGCUCCGCUCCAACCAAGCUUCCCCUUCCAAUUCCUUUACCUCCAAGCUCCUCCUCCUCCUCACCCUGCUUCCUCUAACGCUCGCCACCUUGGCCUUUGUGCUCCAAUGGCGAGGCGGGAUCACCGACUCCACCACUCGCUGGGCACCAACUGGGUCUCAACACCUCUUCCCCGGCAUGGACACCUCCACUCUCUCCCCUGCUGCUCACAACCAUCACUCCUCGCCUUCCGACUGCGUCAAUCUUGGCCGUGGUGCUUCCCCUUCUUUCCCCUACUAUCACGGCUGGAAGUUCGACUACGGCUCCAACCUGAGGCCUAAGAUAUGUAUUACUACGAGUACAUCAGCUGGCUUAGAGCAGAUCUUGCCAUGGAUGUUUUAUCACAAGGUUAUUGGGGUCUCAAGCUUUUUUCUUUUUGUGGAAGGAAAGGCUGCAUCUCCAAACGUGUCUAAAGUUCUGGAAUCUAUCCCAGGUGUUAAAGUGAUAUUUAGAACAAGAGAGCUGGAGGAGCAACAGGCUAACAGCCGGAUUUGGAAUGAGACAUGGCUUUCAAGUUUCUUCUACAAGCCAUGCAAUUAUGAGCUGUUUGUGAAGCAAUCUCUCAACAUGGAGAUGGCAAUAGUAAUGGCACGGGAUGCUGGUAUGGAAUGGAUAAUUCAUCUAGACACUGACGAGUUACUACACCCAGCUGGUGCUCGGGAGUAUUCCUUGAGGCAGUUGCUUCAUGAUGUACCUGGAAAUGUGGAUAUGGUUAUUUUCCCUAACUAUGAAAGCAGUGUUGAACGAGAGGAUAUUAAGGAACCUUUCACUGAGGUGUCAAUGUUUAAGAGGAAUUAUGACCAUCUUCCAAAGGACACAUAUUUUGGCAUGUACAAAGAAUCAACUCGUGGCAAUCCAAACUAUUUUUUGACUUAUGGAAAUGGGAAAUCAGCUGCUCGGGUUAAAGAUCAUCUUCGUCCCAAUGGUGCACACAGAUGGCACAAUUAUAUGAAAACCCCAAAUGAAAUUAAAUUGGAGGAAGCCGCUGUUCUGCACUAUACGUAUGCCAAGUUUUCAGACUUGACCUCUAGACGUGAUCGGUGUGGUUGCAAGCCUACAAAGGAGGAUGUCAAAAGAUGCUUUAUGUUGGAUUUUGACAGAGCUGCAUUCAUAAUUGCUUCAACCGCAACAGAGGAGGAAAUGCUGAAGUGGUACCAGGAACAUGUUGUGUGGGGUGACAAAGAUAUAAAAAUAAAGCUAUUGAGGAAGGGUAUUUUAACUCGCAUAUAUGCUCCCAUGGCCAUAAUACAAGGCUUGAGGGAGUCUGGUAUCUUCAGCUCUAUUAUUGCAUCUGCCCCAGCGACUCUUUCAAAGGACAAAUUUUUAUCAUCCAUUUCUGGUAGUAACUCAUCUAGAGCUGUUGCGUCUGAAUCCCUUCCCUCAAGAAGGAUUGGUAGAAGCCGAGAGUCUCAGGCCACCAUUAGGAAGGUAUUGGAUAUUGAAUCUGCUGCAUAUUAUGAAGCAGCUGUUCCACCGCUGUCACCCCCAGCAAUAGAUGAUGACCACCUGAUCAUUGAAGUGUGAUCCAUCUCUUCGCAUGACUACUGCUUCUUCUUCCCGUUUUGGAGAGCUUGUGGAUGGUAGAAUCUGUGGUCAAGCCUUCAGUACAUUGGCACAGCUGGAAAUCUUGUUGUCCAUUCUUGUGUAUAGAAACGAGAGUGUUGACUCUAUAUCAAUUUAUAGUUUCAGAUGUCCAUACAUUUUGAGGUAAAUGUCUGAUGUCUGGAAUCUGUCCUAGCUGAUAUCUUAAUGGAUCUCACAUUAGAGGGCAAUGCAAAUGGGACACGGGAGGACAUCCCUCCUGACAUAUUACAGGGUUCAAUAUGGUUUGGUUUUGAUGCUUUUA